GCUGAGGUUAGUCCAAGCAUACACUAACUAGCCAUCCUGUAAACAGGCUGAGUAACCGGGUGGAGAGAGAGAGAGAGACGUUGGAGAGAGAGGGGCCUGAGGGGCUUUUUCCCUCUUUCUCCAGCAUUUCCAGUCCUUUGCUGGCAGACCCUUCCGUCCGUUUAUUUCCUUUUCGUUUUGUUUUUGUUGCUUUUUGAAGGAGAGUUGUCUUCUUCCGCGACCUCCAGAGCAGGGAAGAGUUUCUUGCUCAGAAGCCCGAAUACAAUGAAUUCUGACUCCAGCUCUGUCUCCAGCAGAGCUUCCUCACCAGACAUGGAUGAGAUGUACCUGAGAGACCAUCACCACCACCACCACCAUCACCACCACCAAGACAGCCGGCUCAACUCAGUCUCCUCCACCCAGAACGAUCUGGUGCAGAAGAUGUCUGGGGAAGGCCUCACCAGGAACGGUUCCAAGGCCGGAGGGGAAGGCAGCAAGUACAAAAUCAAGAAGCAGCUUUCGGAGCAGGACCUGCAGCAGCUGCGGCUGAAGAUCAACGGCCGGGAGCGUAAGAGGAUGCACGACCUCAACCUCGCCAUGGACGGACUGCGGGAGGUGAUGCCCUACGCUCAUGGACCUUCUGUGAGAAAACUCUCCAAAAUCGCCACUCUCCUGCUAGCCAGAAACUAUAUCCUGAUGCUCACCAGCUCCCUGGAGGAGAUGAAGAGGCUCGUUGGGGAAAUCUACGGGGGGCACCACUCGGCCUUUCAUUGCGGCACGGUGGGACACUCUGCCGGGCACCCGCCCCACGCCGCCGGCACCGUGCACCAGGUGCAUCCCAUCCUCGGCAGUGCCUUGUCCUCCGCCAACACCUCCUCCUCCCUCUCCGCUUCCCUGCCGGCCAUCGGCACCAUCCGGCCCCCACACUCCCUGCUCAAGACCCCCUCGACACCCCCCGCCCUGCAGCUCGGCAGCGGCUUCCAACACUGGGCGGGCUUGCCGUGCCCCUGCACCAUCUGCCAGAUGCCUCCCCCGCCCCACCUCUCGGCCCUCACCGCCUCCAACAUGGCCAGGAUCUCGGGGGAGACCAAGGACCUCCUGAAGUGACUCGGCGGGGCUGGGGCUGCGCCGGAGCCGGCGCUCCCACGGACGGAGACGGGGCUGCGGUCGGUCCCCCUCGGGCCGCCGACGGACCUGCCCCCGCUGCCCCCGCUCCAAGCCCCCUGUAACACGGGAUUAGUGUAGUAAGGACCUUGCAAAGGUAAUGUUCUACCCGGCUCCUCGGGCGAUGUUUUCUUAUUAUACUAAACUGGAAAAGUCCCUGUUGUAAAAAGAAUGAUGAUGAUAAUAAUAAUAAUAAUAAUGAUAAUAAUGAUAAUAAUAAUAAUAAUAAUGCCGCUGAUGGUAAUCAAAUGUAAAUGAUUCCUUAAAAUGUAUGUAAAAGGAAAAAAAAAAAAAAAGACAUGGUUGUCAUUGUAGUGUUCGCAGCUACCAAGAGACGAUGAAAUCGGUUUGGGGCUCUUUUUCCUUUUUUUUUUUUUUUUUUUUUUCCCGGGCUUUUCCUUUCUUUCCUUUCGCACGGCGACACCUCCAAAAUUUCCCCUUCCAAACGUGGCUGCUGCGGCGCAGUGGCGGCCCAAGGUAGACCAGAGAGUGCAUGCAUGCUUUCCACCCCAGUUUGUCACCCGUGGGGACCGGCCACAGGCGGCUCCCCUGGCAACAGGGACUUCCGAGGGAAUUCACUAAAGUUUCUGACUGUGGUUUAUGGUUUGGGGUUUUUGUGGUUCGGUAUUCGUUUGGUUUCUUUGUUUUGUUUUUACAGAUUUGGUAUGAUGCGGUUUUGUUUGUGGUAGUUUUCUUCUUCCCUCUAUAAAGAAAAAAAAAAAGAAAAAAAAGAGGAAAAUAGUGCAAAACACAGCACAACCCCCCAGCAGAUCUGUUUUACCCAAUCUCCCAUCUCCUGCUCUCUGUGAAGUGUGCUGAUUUAGCUGUCUGGGGCAUGAAUUUCUGUCGCUGGCUCCGGGUUUAUUCGUGUUUGCUGGUUUUUUGUUUGUUUGUUUGUUUUUUAAAUUUUUGCUCUCGUUUGGUUUUGCAUGCGGGAUCAGCUCUUGCCAGAUCGGUGAUUUGUAUAUCUAAAUCGGAAGCUUUGUUGCUUUUUGUUUCCUUUUCGAUAUGUUUUCCUGGGAGUUUGCUUGAAAUAAUGUUGUUCUUCAUUUCGUUUGUUUGUUUGUUUUCGGUUGGGGCCUCAAAGACACCACCAUGUCUUUUAUUUUUUAUAUAUUCUUGAUAAUAACUAUCGAUAUAUUUAUUAUU